AUGCAAUUCAGAAACGUUCUCUUCCACACUGCAAUGUUCGCAAUCAGCGCUUCUGCUCUCCCCAGUCAAAACCAAGUCUCGGAACUUCAAGCCCCUAUUGAUGGAUUCGACAUCGUUAUCACGCAGUGGGAGGUCCAGGCCAGCCCUGGAGGCGCGAAGUUGAUUCUUUCCGGAACGGUCGAGCAGGUUCUUGCGGAGCUCCAGGUUAUCAACCCCAAUUACGCGGAAGACUUUGACCUCGACUUCGAGCUUCCCUCUCCUGCUGUUCACAAGCGCAACGACUUUGACAACGCCGCUUUCGCGUGCAACGUCACCAAUGCUAUGGCUGAUCAGAUUAUCAUCGUCAAGGGUGCCAAGCACCUCAGAGGCGUCAAGCCACUUGAAGCUAACUUUAUGCAGGCACAGACUUCUCGCGAGCUUGAUUCCUUCGCUCUGAUUGCUGACGGUACGGAUCAUAUCAUUCAAGUCUGCAAGACCAAUGGCGAGUGGAUUGAUGGUCAAACGUGGCACAAAGGUAACUGGAGUGUCAUCGUUGGCCGCGCCAACUGCUAA